CUUUUAGGAACUCAACACAAAGUCUUCUUAAAUCAUUUGGGCGAAAAGUCCCAAAUCAAAUCAAAAUCAUUUCAUCAUUUGAUCGUACGUAAAGAUGUUCAAAGUUGCAAGAGCGUCUCAGUAUUUGGCGAUCACCGGUGCUGGUAUCGAAGACAUCAAGCUUUCCAAGAAGUCAUGGGUGUUUCCAUGGCAAUCUUGCACCGUCUUCGACGUUUCUCCGGUGAACUACACUUUCAAAGUCCAGGCCAUGAGCGCUGAGAAGCUGCCUUUCGUUCUCCCCGCUGUUUUUACGAUCGGUCCUCGUGUUGAUGACGAUGAUGCGCUUAUUCUAUACGCUAGGUUGAUUUCGCCUCACGAUAAAGAAUCUAAUCAUGUCCAUGAGCUUGUUGAAGGUGUUAUUGAAGGAGAGACUCGUGUUCUUGCUGCUUCCAUGACCAUGGAAGAGAUCUUCAAAGGUACAAAGGAGUUUAAGCAGGAGGUGUUUGAUAAGGUUCAGUUGGAGUUAAACCAGUUUGGUCUUGUAAUCUACAAUGCAAAUGUAAAGCAGCUCGUUGAUGUGCCUGGACAUGAGUACUUCUCUUACUUGGGUCAGAAAACUCAAAUGGAAGCAGCAAAUCAGGCGAGGAUCGAUGUGUCCGAGGCCAAGAUGAAGGGAGAGAUCGGUGCCAAGGAAAGGACAGGGCUUACUAUUCAGAACGCCGCAAAAAUAGAUGCGGAAUCAAAGAUCAUAUCGAUGCAGAGGCAAGGAGAAGGGACAAAAGAGGAGAUCAAAGUUAAGACUGAGGUUAAAGUGUUUGAGAAUCAAAAGGAAGCUGAUGUGGCUAAGGCCAAUGCUGAGCUAGCGAUGAAGAAAGCUGCUUGGACCAAGGAUGCUCAGGUGGCUGAGGUUGAAGCAACCAAGGCAGUGGCUUUAAGAGAAGCUGAACUUCAGACUCAGGUUGAGAAAAUGAACGCAUUGACUCGCAUUGAGAAGCUCAAGGCCGAGUUCCUUAGCAAAGCCAGUGUUGAGUAUGAAACCAAGGUUCAAGAAGCAAACUGGGAACUAUACAAUAAGCAGAAACAAGCUGAGGCGGUUCUAUACGAGAAGCAAAAGCAAGCCGAAGCACAGAAAGCUGAAGCAGACGCUGCGUUCUACACAAAGCAGAGAGAAGCAGAGGGACUUGUUGCUUUAGCUAGUGCUCAAGGGACUUAUCUUAGAACCCUCUUAGACGCUGUUCAGAAUGACUAUUCUUGCCUAAGGGACUUCUUGAUGAUUAACAAUGGUAUUUAUCAGGAGAUCGCUAAGAUAAAUGCUCUUGCGGUUAGAGACUUGCAACCGAAGAUUAGCGUUUGGAACCACGGUGGAGAACAGGGUGGUGGUGGGAGCGGGAAUGCUAUGAAGGAUAUAGCUGGACUUUACAAGAUGUUGCCUCCUGUUCUUGAUACGGUUUAUGAUCAGACUGGGAUGCAGCCACCGGCUUGGAUGGGUACUCUAAGCAAGUGACGCCUCCUCAACAGCUAACAGGUUGACGUUUGGAUAGUGCCAUCGUUUACUUGUGAUUUAAGAUGCAUCGAUGAAAGUGUAAUUUUUUAACUUAUAAAUCCUGUUGGAAAACUUGGCUUAUUCUUUAGUGUAUUUUUGAAGUGUUUUUUCAAAAGAAAUUACUUUGAUGCUA